GAGUAUUUCAUCGGGCGAUGAUUUAAGGAACAAUUAUAUACAAAAUAAUUGAAUGAAAAUAUGUUCGUCGGGUAUGCGAAAUAAAAGUUUCGAGGUCAGUUUGAUCGCGAAAGAUGUCUUGCGCGAAGGAUUUCUCUUGCAUCGGAGGACUGGAGAAGCAGAUUCGUGUUGUAAAGGAAACGGUUCUGUUUCCGCUCAUGUACGGUGACAUUUACGCCAAGUUCAACCUGAAACCACCGAGGGGUUUGCUUUUUUACGGGCCUCCCGGAACAGGAAAAACACUGGUCGCCAGCGCUUUAGCCGCAGAGUGUAGUAAUUCGGAACGAAAGGUUUCCUUUAUAUCUCGCAAGGGUUCCGAUUGCCUUAGCAAAUGGGUCGGCGAAAGCGAGAAAAAGCUUCAGAAGGUUUUUUCACUGGCUCAACAAUCGAAGCCUUGCAUAAUCUUCUUUGACGAAGUUGACGGUUUAGCUCCAGUCAGAUCUAGCCGCCAAGACUUUGUGCACGCCAGCAUUGUUUCCACUCUCUUGGCCUUGAUGGACGGCUUAGAGAACAAUUCAGAGAUCAUAGUAAUUGGAGCAACGAACAGAAUCGAUGCCAUAGAUCCAGCUUUAAGAAGACCUGGCCGAUUCGACAGAGAGCUAUACUUCCCGUUGCCAUGUUAUACGUCGAGGAAAGAAAUACUCUCAGUUCAUAUAAAAAGUUGGAAGCAAAAACCACCGCAAAAGUUUUUAGCGUAUCUGGCAUCGAAAACGGUCGGAUUUUGUGGAAGUGACUUGCAAGCUCUUUGCGCCGAAGCGGUAAUGUGCUGUGUUCGGAGACUCUAUCCGGAAAUAUACACUUCCAAUGCGAAGUAUCAGAUUAACGAACGUCAUCUUAAAGUUGAGAAACAAGAUUUUCUAAAGGCACAACAGAACAUUUUGCCAGCAUCGCAUCGUGUUACAAUCGUACCCGUGAAGUCUUUGUCGUAUAAAAUCCAGCCAUUACUUCAAGAAAAUUUGUCAUGCAUUCUGUCACAACUCGAAACUCUUUGUCCAACGGGAAUGUUAAUUUGCAAUGAUAUCACUGGUAGGGCUGUAUCGAGGUCAAACAGCUGUCCGAGGAUUUUAUUGUGCGGUGAUGACUCUCACACUCGUCAUCUGGGACCAGCAUUACUCCAUACCUUGGAACAUUUACCUUGUCAUGUGUUAGACGUCACAACUUUGUUCGAGGAAACAGGAAGGGCUGCGGAAGAAGCUCUCAUUCAAAAAAUGAAAAUGGCUCGAAGAAGUUUACCAUCGUUGCUCUACAUUCCUGAUAUCUUAGCCUGGUGGGAUCUAGUGGAUGAAGCGGCACGCGUCGUUUUUACUUCUUUGAUGCAUGGCUUAGAUCGAUCGGUGCAUAUCUUAAUCUUGAUUACGGCCAAUUGCUCACAAGCAGAUUUACCAGCAGAUAUUGUAUCUUUAUUCGAUGAACAUCAAAGCGAAAUAUUCGAAGUCAUGCCCCCCGGAAAACAACAGCGAGAAUCUUUUUUCAAGCAAUUAUUCUUUCACUCGGCGUGUGAUCUCGAAUCUAAUCGUUCUUCACAAGCGGAAUUCGAACAAAUUAUGAAUCCAAAAAAGAUAAAAGAAGUAGGUAGGAAGCGAAAGCAGGCAGGACGUGCUGAUUUCGCGGAAAAUCUUUCGACGCAAGAGAUGCCAUCCUCACGGAGAAGUAAACUCAGAGUCCGCAACAAAAUAUGCGCCGUGCGAUCAGCUCACGUGAUGACCGAUUCUAAAUCAAAAAUUAACGUUAAAAGAAAAAACAGCGCAUCAGGCGAAGGACCACCGUCAAAACGUACAAGAAAUUCUCCCUCCCAUUUAUCCGCUUCGAGCAACGAGAAAUUGUCCGAGUUUGAAAUAGAGGAGCUGCUUCGAACGAUCGUCGGGGCGACGGAAACGUGGCCGUGCCACGAGCUCGAAAGUCUGUUCGCUUCCCUCGAAUUAACCCUAGAAAAGAACGAGGAAGAUUUAUGCUCUGCAAUUGAAUGCCUCGAACGGUUUAAAGAAUUCAGAAGGGUAAAAGUAUACGUGAAGAAGGAACAAGAAGAUUGA